AGCUGACUCUGAGCCCUGGCUCAUCAAAGCUGACUCCUACCCUAGACCCUACACACCAGAUAGAGUUGAUCCUGAGUACCAGCCCAGCCAAGCUGACUCUGGAUCCUGCAUGCCAGUCAGAGUUGACCCUGAGAUCCAACUGGCCACGCUGACCCUGGAUCCUGCACACCAGCCAGAGCUGACCCUGAGCCCCAGGCUAGCUGAGCUGACCCUGGGUUCUGCAUGCCAUCCAGAGAUGACCCUCAGUCCUGGCUCGACUGAGCUGACCCUGGAUCCCGCACACCAGCCAGAGGAGACCUCAGCCCCCAACCUGGCUGAACUGACCCUGGAGCCUGUGCACUGCCGACCUGAGCUCCUGGAUGCCUGUGCCGACCUCAUCAAUGAGCAGUGGCCCCGCAGCCGUGCCUCCCGCCUGCAUUCCUUGGGCCAGUCCUCAGACGCCUUCCCCCUCUGCCUGAUGCUGCUGAGCCCCAGCCCCACACCUGAGGCAGCCCCCAUCGUGGUGGGCCAUGCCCGCUUGUCACGGGUGCUGGACCGGCCCCAGAGCCUCCUAGUGGAGACAGUGGUGGUGGCCCGGGCUCUGAGGGGCCGUGGCUUUGGCCGCCGCCUCAUGGAGGGCCUGGAGGUUUUUGCUCAGGCCCGGGGCUUCCGCCGACUACACCUCACUACCCAUGACCAGCUGCAGUUCUAUGCCCACCUGGGCUACCAGCUGGGUGAGCCUGUGCAGGGCCUAGUCUUCACCAGCCAACGGCUACCUGCCACCCUGCUCAGGGCCUUCCCCAGAGCCCCCUUUCCCCGGCAACCCUGCAAGGCUUCUAGUCUGACUGCCCAAACUGCCCCAAGAGCCCCCAAGGGGCCAUCAUUGCCGCCACCUCCUCCCCUGCCUGAGCCCUUGACCACCUCACCCCCACCUCCUGCAGGGCCCCUUCCACAAAGCCUGCUGGAGACACAAUACCAAGACCUGAGAGGAUGUCCCAUAUUCUGGAUGGAAAAAGACAUCUGAGGGCUACCCAGGACAAGGCACUGUCCUUCAGGGUUGAUGGACUGCCUAGGACAGUCUGGGCCUCAGCCCAUUGGCCAUACCAUAGUCCCUAGACCCUGGGAGCAGCUUUAGCCUGGCCAUGUUUCCUGAGUACCAGUGGGGCCAGUAGAUGGCUUCAUGGCUGUGGCUCAGAGCUGUCAAUGUGGCUGAAUAAAGGCUUCUGUUGGA